CGAGCGGCCGAGUCGUCAGUCCCGCCUUCGGUCCUUUCGCGUUUUCGGUCAGUCUCCGUUCGUCGUUCGAACGGUGAGGUGUGGAUAGCGCGUGCGCGCACCGGUUACUGUGGCGUACUGCGAGGUUAUUAUGGACGCGCCCGGCGGAGCGCGCGAGCCCCGCUUCGGGUCGCCUUACGGGAUGGGGCUGCUGGGGGAAGUGCAGGACAUGUACGGUGGAGGCCGGCCGCCAAGCUCUCUGGGCGGGCCACUGCGGCCUGGCAUGCAACCCUGCCCGGUGCCUCGAGGAGUGAAGAGACCCUCCGACCAGUGCUACGACGAGCGACCCUCCCAGAGCUUGGGUUUGGAGCACUGCCCGAUGCCAGACAUAGCGGACGAUGGCUAUGCAUCCCUGCAGCCCAAGAAGUCUCCCCCGUCCAAUGGCAAGAAGACCAAAGGGCGCGUCAAGAUAAAGAUGGAGUAUAUAGACAACAAACUGCGGAGGUACACAACGUUCUCGAAGCGGAAGACUGGCAUUAUGAAGAAGGCUUACGAGUUAUCGACCUUGACGGGUACUCAAGUGAUGCUACUAGUCGCGUCGGAAACGGGACACGUGUACACAUUUGCGACGCGGAAACUUCAGCCGAUGAUCACAUCGGAUUCAGGGAAGAGAUUGAUUCAGACGUGUCUGAACUCUCCCGAUCCGCCCACCACAAGCGAGCAGCGGAUGGCGGCCACCGGCUACGAGGAGACCGAGCUGACGUAUAACAUUGUAGACGACGACAUGAAGGAGGAGAACGCUGGUGGCGAAGGAGAAGAGAAAGCCAAGGACGAGCCACCAUCUUCCGGGGACAGCGGUGACGAGAGCGGCAGUGAACCUGAGUCUCCGACCGAGAAACUGCUGCAGCAACAGAAUCAUAGACAAGAAUGGACCAUUGAUAACAAUGAACCGGGAGGGAGUAGCAGGGAACGCGUCAACGACCCUCAAGCAUCGACAUCAGCAACGACUCAAGAAGCCGACAGCAGUAAAGCACCUACUUUACCAAAGAUACUGCCCAAAAUCGACCUUCCGGGAGGAGCAAUGUUAUACCACUCGGGGGUUCUAGCGGGUGUGGGCUUGGAUGGACUUGGCUCGAAUCUUGGACUUGGAAACUUGGCAAUGGGAUAUCCACCUAGCUUCAUUUUGGGACUGGCUAAUCAAGGACAAGAAGGUGCAUCAUCAUCAUCACAACCGCAGUUCAUCACAAUCCCGCUGUCAAUGGCGAUGGCUGCAGCCGCUGGUAAUCCGUCCACAUCCAACGGGUGUCCAGUCAGCGCAUCCAGUGAUGACAGCAGCGAACUACAAGACCUUAGCACUGGAGCACGGAAGUGAUCAGUCGGGAAAGAUUGAAAGGCGACGCAAACUUAAUUAUUGUAAAUUUACUGUACCAAAGUUUAUGUAUUUGGUAAAUUAACUUAACCAGUGUGUUAACAAGUAUUUUAAUGUAAAUCAAUAAAGAAGUCAGUUAAAAUUUGUAUCAAACUCGUUAAUCGAAAAGUUAAAAAGGAAUUAAGUUUAGAAAAGCCCAAUAAUCGAUGUUGAAUACAAAAACGUACGUUACGUUACCUAUAGUUAGUUACUGAUUAUAACAUUAGUUAAAAGCACGACAAGGGGAAAAUCAGUAUUAAUAACGGUCAAGACCGUGGUGCCGACAAUACAG